CCUGGCCUGCUGAAAGCCAUCUUCAAUGUGGACCCAGAUGAAGUGCGCUCCCUCAUAUUUCAGAAAGAGGAUGUGAAUGUUCAGGUAAUCAUCCCAGCUGUUUCCUACCAUUAUUUCCACCCUCCUGUCUGUCCUCCGGAUAGGAACACACUAUUUUUUCACAUUUAUAACUUAAGUCAUUUGUUGCCAAAAUCUAAGGUUGCACAAUUCUGGUAACUUAAAUGCCUAGAUUUUCCAGAAAUCCCAAUAUGAAGAUUCCUGAAUCAGAAGGGAAUAAGCAGGAAUUCCGGAAUCCUCUGUCUAACCAGGAUUUCUGGAAAAACCUCUGAUUUUGGGGAAAGUUACUGGAAUUUUGCAACCCUACCGAAAUCACAUAUUUUAGCCUGAUCAGAACAGAUGCCUCCUUCCAUCAGCCGUAUGCACCUUGUUCAGUAUCUGUCACUUUACACAAACUCUGUCAGUGGUCCCCCCUGGGUACAAAUGUAGUUUUUUGUCCUAGCACUACACAGCUGAUUCAAAUAACCUAAUCAUCAAGCUUUGAUUAUUUGAAUCAGCUGUGUAGUGCUAGGGCAAGAAACCAAAACGUGCACCCAGUGGGGGCCCCAGGACCGAGUUUGGUAAACCCUGCGUUAGAGUAUGUACUUCGUGCAAUAGCAUACUUGUUUUCAUAAAGCCAUACACUAUGUUGAAGUUACAGUAUAGCCUAGUUACAGUAUAGCCUAGUUACAGUAUAAGCCUAGUUUACAGUAUAGCCUAGUUACAGUAUAGCCUAGUUACAGUAUAGCCUAGUUACAGUAUAGCCUAGUUACAGUAUUCCCUAGUUACAGUAUAGCCUAGUUACAGUAUUCCUAGUUACAGUAUGCCUAGUUACAGUAUAGCCUAGUUACAGUAUAGCCCUAGUUACCAGUAUAUCCCUAGUUACAGUAUAGCCUAGUUACAGUAUAGCCUAGUUUAUAGCCUAGUUGAUCAGUAUGUAGCCUAGUUGCAGUAUGUAGCCUAGUUGCAGUAUGUAGCCUAGUUGCAGUAUGUAGCCUAGUUGCAGUAUGUAGCCUAGUUGCAGUAUGUAGCCUAGUUGCAGUAUGUAGCCUAGUUGCAGUAUGUAGCCUAGUUGCAGUAUGUAGCCUAGUUGCAGUAUGUAGCCUAUUUGCAGUAUGUAGCCUAGUUGCAGUAUGUAGCCUAGUUGCAGUAUAGGCUGGUUAGAGACAUAAAUAUCCAGCUGCCAGCUGAAUUAUCCAAGCCAUAAGAAUGUAUUGCUAAACUAGUACGAUUUUAAAAUCAAAUGUAUUCCUGUAUCCAUACUAGCUGAAUAUGAAAUGGCUAUAACACUUAUUUGCUCUUCCCUACAGGACAAUGAGAAGCGGACACCGUUGCAUGCAGCUGCCUAUCUAGGAGAUGCAGAAAUUCUAGAGCUGCUCAUACUAUCAGGUAAGGUUAUCAUUGAUGAGAUGGAUUACGCUAUGGACUCAUGUCCGUCGGACUUUGACUUCUGUUUUGAUGCUGGUUGUGUUUGAAUGUGACCGUUUCCCUCAUACUUAUCCCAUUCAGAUCUUAUGUGCAGCUGAUGUGUUUAAAAGGUAAUUUUAAUUAAGGCCGUUGACAGCUGAAACGUCCCUAUUUUAACUUGAUAAGUGAAGCAUCCAGAUUUUAAUUGUGAGCGACAUUCAAACCUUUUCCUUCCGAAUGCCCUCAUGAUUUUGUGUUGCACCCUCGUCUCACGUUGGCUGGGCUCCUCCUACUCCUCUCCACUCAGUGACAUUUUCUUUAGUGUUGCUGUGUAAUGAAAGUCCCUGUCCCGGAAUAGCGCUCUACAAGAGGCUUUGUGCGCGUUCCAAAUGGCACCCUAUUCCCUAUAUAGUGCACUACUUUUGACCUGGGCCCUGAUCAGAAGUAGUGCACUAUAAAGGUAAUAGGGUGUUGUUUUGGACACCUCCUUUCUGUGCUCCAGCUAUUUAAAGGAUGUUGCCUAAUCAAUCCCAGUGACCUAACUAACCCUAUAGUCGGUCUGUCACCUGUUUUUUCUGUCUGUGUCCCAGGAGCCAGAGUAAAUGCCAAAGACAACAAGUGGCUCACUCCUCUGCACCGGGCCGUGGCUUCCUGCAGUGAGGUACGUGUACUGAUACUGUCAGCCCUCACAAACACUCCUGUGCAUAUGCGUUUGACUAUUAAGUGUGUUGUGAUUUUUAAAUGCACUUUAAACAAAGUUGAACAUGAUAUGAACUGUGUUCCCGUAGGAGGCUGUCCAGGUGUUAUUGAAACACUCUGCUGAUGUGAACGCCAGGGACAAAAACUGGCAAACGCCGCUCCACAUCGCUGCGGCCAAUAAGGCAGUCCGCUGUGCCGAGGCCCUGGUCCCUCUCCUCAGCAACGUGAACGUGUCAGACCGGGCCGGGCGCACGGCGCUGCACCAUGCAGCCUUCAGCGGACACCAGGAG